AUGGACCACCUACCUCCGAGUACCACUGUUUUGGAGGAUGAAGAUUCAUUAAUUAUUAUUCCUACAAAAAGACAUUCUGUACCCGAGAGUACCAGCAGUAGUAGUAAUAGUAGUUUUCCAAGUAGCAACCCUAAGACCACAACAACCAAGCAUAAUCAUUUCCAUCAUCAUCAGCCUCCUCAGCAACACAGUAUGAACCAUUCGCACCAUCAUUAUUGUAACGGAAAUGAAAAUCACCAUCAUAAUUAUAACGGAAAUGAAGGAGAAGUCAUGUUUGGUCAUGAUGGUAUGACUACAACACCAACCUCUCAUCAACCACCACACAAAUAUGACCUGUGUUCACCACCCGUGAUUUCAACCAGAAGUAGAUCAACAUCAUCAUCCGUUGUUGCGUUUCCUAACAACAACCCGAUUCAGAACACUACAGAAAGUGAUAACAGUCAUGAGCAUACACGACGACUACACGACAACACAAAUCCAUCAUGUAUUGAAAAUAGUAGUUGUCACCACCAAGACCAUCAUUAUCAUACAACUUCCGAUAGUUCAAGCAGCAUUGCUCUCAAUGCAUUUGUAUCAUCACCAACAAGCACCACUUGCAGUACCCUCUCAAAUUCCUCCACUUCUUCAUUAACGUCACUGUUAGAAUUUCAGCAACCACCAUUGCAGUCUUCAUCAUCAGAUAAUAUUUUACCACCACCCCCAACACAAGGUAUCAUUAUUACAACCGACGCCACAACAUCAAGUACUUGCUCAAUUUCGACCACUAUGACAACUCUUCAAAAUCCUCUCACCGUUCACUAUCCACAAUACACCAUUCCAUCUUUGAAGGAAUUGUUUGUCACUCGGCACGGGGAGAAGACUUCUCAACUGAUUAAAUAUGGAACUGGACUUCAUGGAUUUACCUCACCCACAACCCCUCCCUCAUCGGCUUCUUCAGCCGAAACACCAAGUACUCCAAUUGAUGUGAACGGAGAUUACGAUGCAGAUCCUCCUUUAACAGAACGAGGACAACUGUGUGCCAAAUUGUUCGGACAAAACUUUUACCUCAACUAUCUCGUGAAAAAAGUAGAGCAAACAUUCACCAAUUCACAGGACCAAGUCGUUGCGCAAACGCUUCAAAUAUACACUUCACCUUUUCAUCGAUGUCUCCAAACGACCGAACAAAUUGUUAAAAGUAUUUUGGAGGAGAGUGAGAGAGAUGGAAAAAUGUUUAAUAUUGAAGUUUAUAUUGAUUUUGGUCUGAUGGAAUUUUAUGGAUUGAAACGAAAGUGGACAUUGGAUAUGAUGCCUCCAAAUGUUGAUCAGAUUAGAGAGGAAUUUCCAUUGCUAAACAAGUUUAUUGUAGACCGAUAUUGCAAUGAGGAGUUGAAUUUGGAGGGUCUCCAUUUUUCUCUGAAUCCUGAAAACUUUCUCGCGUAUUUUACCGAGAAGAAUACAAUGGAACUUAUGUAUGAUUUAAUUCGAAGAGUGAGAGGAACUUUUUACAAUGUGGAAAAUAAUGUACGAAAAAUUAGAACUGAGAAUGUAGAGCCCACAGUUUUGCUUGUCACUCAUGCAGCCACAAUGAUUCGAAUCGUAGAGGAAUUAAUUGGUAUUUACCACAAAACUCCUCUCUCAGAACGGACCAAUGUUAAAGCCUCAAUUUGUGGACUGUCUCACUUGAAGCGAGAGUGUACACCCAAGGAAGUCCCUCAGCCCACAAUUGAAUUAAUAUCCAGCACAACUACGGUCACAACGCAGCGUUCCACAACUGCCAUUACAUCAUCGCCGCAUCUGGCUGACCCAUUAUUGCAACAAUCAUCCUUACAGUGGAGUUUGAUUACUAACAAUGACAUUUCAUUCAUGGAGGCCUUUGAAUCAAAAAAGAGUCAGCGCUCUCUGCAAUACUAUCAAAUUGAUUCAUCCCAUUAUGUAAACAGAAAGUAG